CGGACGGCGGGUCCUGUCCCUCCGGCUGGACAGGAUCAGGCCUCUAUAUAUUUAUAUGCAAAAGAAGACAACAUCACAUACACUAAUAGUCAUAUCAGCACAAAAAUAUAACUUGGCAUAUCUAUAACUACAAAUCCAUGAUUUUUCCAUCAGGCCAUUUUCAACUUGGCACAUUGAUCAAAUAUACACUCUUAUCUCUUUAAAUAUAAAAAUUGUACAAAACCCACCAUUAAUUAAUGUAUAGGGAUAAAGCACAAAUUGGAUACUAUGGUUUCAUCAUAAUCUCAUAUUGGACACUAAGGUUUCAAAUGGACCAAAUUAGACACUAUGGUUUCAUAUGUAUCUCAUGUUGAACACUAAAGUUUCAUAAGUGAGUCUUUGCACACUCACUUAUAUUGAAUUAUGAAAAUUUAGUGUCUAAUAUGAGAUUCUGAUAAAACCAUAAUGUCCAAUUUGAACCUUAUCCGAUCCGUUAAUGUAUACUAGUAGCAAUUAGGCCAGUCCUCUUGAAGAUAUGAUGAACCCCAAUUUCUGGUAUCAAAACUCUAGCUGAUCUUGUUUAUCAUCUACAAGCUGAUCACUUGAUCAGCUCCAAAACUGGUACAUAUCAUCUUCAAUUGUCUCGAGAAGUGGAGGCCGGAGCUGCCGUUGCGGUCGCCGGCGCCGGCGACGGAGAUGGAUCGAUUAAGACAACGUUAGCGCGACAUAUCGGGCAACUGGGUUGAGAUUUCAGCCACGUGUCAAUACAUAGGAGGUGGAAGACAUGGCUGCACUUAGGCAGCAACCUAAGAUUCUCGUCUUCCACAAACUCCGCCAAGCAAACAGAGCACUCUGUGUCCUGGACUUGGACACCUCCUCCGUCUCCGCCGCCGACGCCGCCGCAGGGUUUCUUGUACUUGAAAACCUUUAUGUUCUUCUUAACAAUUUCCGCCGCAUCUUCCGCCGGAACGGCCACCGGCGGGGUUUCCUCGCGAUUUGCUUCCAAAUCUCGCUGCCGCCGCCGUCUUCUUCUGGUGUAGUUGGUGCAGACGGUGUAGAAGGUGACGAAGAACAGAGCACUUGCCAGAAUGGUGAUGAUGACUAUGAUGAGGGGGGAGAAAUUGGGGCCGGAAUCGUCAUCGGACGGUGGCGGAGGAAGGAGGUUGAUGCACCAUUGAAGACAAUUUUUGGUGCAGAUCAUUUCUGAACAACCGCCAUGGCCGCCGCUGCUAUCGUACACAUAUGGUGGCAGAGGUUUGGGAAGCCCAACAGAACCCAUAUCCAAGCUUAUCCAAGCUUUCUUAUGUAUACUAUGUUUCCUAAAUCAAACUCCAAUUAUUGUAUCGGAGCUGCGGACAAAACGAAAACAAAAAGAAAGAGCGAAAGGAAAAAGAAAGAGACAAGAAGAAAUGGGACGAGAUCUGUAAAUCUUGGAGGGGGGGGGGGGGGUAUAGGUAGGGAACGAUGCAAAAAGAAGCAAAGCAGAGAUGUGAGCAAAGUAGAGGAAGUGGUUGAAGUGUCAUUUUUUGCCAAAAAGAAAAAUUGUUGCGUUGGCUGUUGAUUAUUAGAGAAAAAAGGAUGACACCCCAUCCCUGAGGGCUCCCCAACACCGACCGGACAGCACGAUGGGAGGAUGUAAAUUGGACUAUAAUCACAAUCUGACAGAUAGAGAGUGGGGCUCUGUCCCCGGUACUUGCAGAGGCCCUAUGCAUUUUUCAGCAUAGUAACCCCUCAUCGCAGUUACCGGGAUUCGAACCCGAGACCUAACCCUUGUGGCACUCCCUUGCUACCAGUUGAGCUACGCCCACCAGUGAAAAAUUUUUAUAUGUAAAAUUUAAUGUCACUUUCCUUUUAAUCAAUUGGCUGUUGAUUAUUAGAGAAUAGCAUAUCAAGAGGGUGAUGUAUAUUAAUGCAAGAUUCCAUAUUUUAAAAGGUCAAUUUAAUAACUUAGAGAAUAUAGAGCCUGUUUG